GAAGCCUGGGAGUCCUGCGAGUCGCUGGGGGAAGCGGAGCAGACACCCGGCGCAGCGGAGCGCAGGGCGCAGACCCGGCAAGUCGGAGCCCGCAGAUCCUAGCCAGGGCCUGGAGGGCGGCAGCGAGUGAAGGGGGUCCCUGCUCCUGAAGGCGGGCCAUGGCCUCCAUGUUGCUUGCCCACCGACUGGCCUGCGGCUUCCAGCACAACUGCCGCCUGCUGGUGAUCGGAUCCAGACACAUCAGUCAAGCCGCAGCCAAAGUCGACGUGGAAUUUGAUUAUGAUGGGCCUCUGAUGAAGACAGAAGUCCCAGGACCUAGAUCUCGGGAGUUAAUGAAACAGCUGAAUAUAAUUCAGAAUGCAGAGGCCGUGCACUUCUUUUGCAACUAUGAAGAGAGCCGUGGCAAUUACCUGGUCGACGUGGACGGCAACCGCAUGUUGGACCUUUACUCCCAGAUCUCCUCCGUCCCCAUAGGUUACAGCCAUCCCGCCCUGGUGAAGCUCGUCCAGCAGCCUCAGAACGUGAGUACAUUCAUCAACAGACCCGCGCUGGGCAUCCUGCCCCCGGAGAACUUCGUGGAGAAGCUCCGGGAGUCCUUGCUCUCGGUGGCUCCCAAGGGGAUGUCCCAGCUUAUCACCAUGGCCUGCGGCUCCUGUUCCAAUGAAAACGCCUUCAAGACCAUCUUCAUGUGGUACCGGAGCAAAGAGAGAGGUCAGAGGGGGUUCUCAAAGGAGGAGCUAGAGACCUGCAUGGUGAACCAGGCCCCCGGCUGCCCCGACUACAGCAUCCUCUCCUUCAUGGGUGCAUUCCACGGAAGGACCAUGGGUUGCUUAGCAACCACGCACUCCAAAGCUAUUCACAAGAUCGACAUCCCUUCCUUCGACUGGCCCAUUGCUCCGUUCCCACGGCUGAAAUACCCUCUGGAAGAGUUUGUGAAAGAGAACCAACAAGAGGAGGCCCGCUGUCUAGAGGAGGUGGAGGAUCUGAUAGUGAAAUAUCGGAAAAAGGAGAAGACGGUGGCUGGGAUCAUUGUGGAGCCCAUCCAGUCCGAGGGCGGAGACAACCACGCAUCGGACGACUUCUUUCGGAGGCUGCGAGACAUAGCCAGGAAGCAUGGCUGUGCCUUCUUGGUAGAUGAGGUCCAGACCGGAGGGGGCUGCACAGGCAAGUUCUGGGCCCACGAGCACUGGGGCCUGGACGACCCAGCCGACAUGAUGACUUUCAGCAAGAAGAUGAUGACAGGAGGCUUCUUCUACAAGGAAGAGUUCAGGCCCAAUGCUCCCUACCGGAUCUUCAACACCUGGCUGGGAGACCCAUCCAAGAACCUGCUGCUGGCCGAGGUCAUCAACGUCAUCAAGCGGGAGGACCUGCUGAGCAAUGCAGCCCACGCUGGGAAGGCCCUGCUCACGGGGCUGCUGGACCUCCAGGCCCGGUACCCCCAAUUCAUCAGCAGAGUGAGAGGCCGAGGCACCUUCUGCUCCUUUGACACUCCAGAUGAAUCCAUACGGAAUAAACUCAUUUUAAUCGCCAGAAACAAAGGUGUGGUGUUGGGGGGCUGCGGCGACAAAUCCAUUCGUUUCCGUCCCACGCUCGUCUUCAGGGAUCACCAUGCUCACCUGUUCCUCAAUAUUUUCAGCGACAUCUUAGCAGACUUCAAGUAAAAAAGCCAUUUCCACUACACUCUGAGAAAGCCCCGAUCUCAGCAGUUUCCAAUUGAUUAGUUUGCCUAAUUCAUGUUUUCACUUAAAAGUAUCAGAGGUGAAUGCAAAAACUGAAAGGUUAUCCGUGGGGAGGGGUGGCUUGGGGAGAGGAGGGAAGAAGAGGAGCUGGUUUGGGCUUUCUUCCCUGCAGAGCCAAUGUGUAAGCCCGGAAAUUCCGCUUGAACCCUUGGGAAGGGCUGUGGGGUCCUGGCCAACAAUUUCUCUGGACAUCAUUCAAGGGGGUUCCCCCGCUCCCAGGACUGGUGGCUGGCAUCCCGAGUCCAGGCCAGCUCCAAGGCGAGCUCUGUGAUCAAGGACGCUGGCUGCUCUUCGCCCUGUGUAGACACACUCUUCCCUAUAGCUCUGAGCAUACCCCUGCACAGGUCAGCGAGGGCCCGAGACCACAGGAAGGCGCUAAUGUAGGGCCCUGUGGAUUGAGCUUGGGGUGGGGAAGACCAGGACCACUCCUCUCACCAGGGGCUCCUCCCAGCUGGGGAUUCUGGUGUGGACCAGGCUUUGCCCUACGGCUCUAAUGCGAAACCUUCCAUUCCCCAAAUUCUGCCCUCCCUGUUCAAAGUUGACCUAGACCUGUGGGGAGGAAACUGUAGCCUGGAUGUCCACUUUGGAGUCCCAAAGGAGUCAAAAGGUCAGAAGCACAAGCCUGUACCCCCAGGAGCACCAGCCCAGGGACAGGGCAGCAGAGCGCUCUAUCCUGUCUCCUGGGGCUUCUUGGGGUCUGAUUGCAGACCCCUUGCCCUGGGAGGCCCUUCCUCUGGCUUUCCCUCAGCCCCCUUCCCUCCACCACUGGGCAGACCUUCCAGCAGCUCCGCUAUUCCACCAGAGGGAGCCAUCGCUGGACUCGAUUUCUUCUCCAGGGAAGCGCCACGAAUGAAAGGCACCAGAACUGUGCACGUGGAAAAGCGGCCUGUUGGGUCAGGUGGUUUCCUUGUACUUGCCAACCCUACCCCGACAUGAGAGCUUCUCCUUGGACGACCAAGUGGUGGCCACCAGGUAAAUGAUACCGAGCGCUUAAUAGGGCGGUGCUGAGGCUAGCGUCCUGCAGGAGCCAAGAUGUCCUUAAAAGCUAUUUGGCCUCAAGUUUUCCGAAAAAGAGCAGCAGCAAUGAGCAUGUUUAGCAGGCAGACCGAAAAUCUGGAU